CUAGUAAUUCUAAUGUAAAAUAGAAUGGCCAAUCAAAGCAAAACCAUUUGGCUUCUAUCCUCAAAUCUACCUAAACUGCGGUGCCAUGUGAGAACGGAUCAACCUUUGGCCGCACUUCUUAGGCAAAAAUAUGCCCAGGCAUUUGGAGUUGCUACUGAGUCUCUGAUCCUGGCCUUCGAUGGUGAGAAAAUCCAGGAGGAGGACACAUUUGACUCCUUGGCCAUGGAGGAUAAUGACAUCGUCGAUGUUGUAGAAGAAUGUUAGUGCUCGAAGACCAUGAAGCCAAGUUAAUAGAGGCAGUGAACUGCGAGAGGUUAGCAGGCGACAUUGUACACUGAAAAUAUUAGAUAAAAAUUGUAAAAUAGAAACCCAUCGCAAAUAUAUGCAUAGACUUGGUAAUAUUUUGUCUAAAUUUU